AUGACAACUGUUUUUCUUUCAGGACGUUGCUUUCUAACAGCAUAUACGUGCGCGAAUUGUUGUAAUAGUUUUACUCUUCAAUGAACAAUAAACUUUAAAAAACUCAACGAGUCCGGUACUUUUCUUCUAAAACUAAACUAACAACCAAACAGUUUUAUUUCAGGAACGUCGAUCAGCCUUUUUUGACCAUUUUCGGCUUUGAACCAUCUUUUACUCUGGAUAGAGUGGAAGAAUAUUUUUUUGGGGCGCUCCCUUUUUGCAAGAUUUUGAUUCUUUUCAAGAUGUCACCUUGAGUUCGCCUUUCCUAGAAGAAACUGAAGAUACAUCCCGCACGAUGUUUCCUCUCCGUGAUACUUUCUGUUCUACGGUUUGGAUGCGUUUGCGAUCUUAGACGAAAAGCUUAUUGUAAUUUUGUUGCAUUGAAUGAACAAUAAAAUAUUUAAAACAUAGGCUUUGUGCUCAGUGUUCUUCUUUUAAAACAAUACUAACAAUCUAAAUAGUUUCAUUUCAGCAACGUCAAAAAUAAACUUUCAUCACGAUUUCGUAAUUUACCAUCGUUUCUGCUAGAAUGGAAAACAUCGCACGACCACAAUUUUUUUUGGCAAGCUCCAUGAAGACUGCUUUUUUGUGCCCCUUUUGGUUUCGUCUUAGAAGAAACUUGUGUCAUCCUUUUGGGCGCGCCCAACUCUCAAGAUCUCGUAGAACAGCAACCAUUGGCGAAUUGUCUCAAGAUCCUUACUUUUUGUACUGCACUUUGGAUGCGUUCUUGAAGAAACGCGUAGCUCCGCCUUGGGAAAAAGAGUUAAGUCUCUUGCUGAAGGUAAGGAAAUGAUCUGUAGUUGAAAACCUUUUAACAUCCAAGUGAUAUUUUUCGGCUUUCAGAUCUCGCAGGUGACGUCAGUACUGGUGACUGCACUUCUCGGUUCUUUAAAAAGCAACUGAAGCAAAUGGCAUACGUAAGUAGAGCACAAACUGUAAGUAAACUAUGACUCAAACAAUGGACAGAGGAGUUGCUUAAUCAAGAGGCUAUUUAUCUAUCAACGUUGGAAGCGGACCAUGUACGGAUGAUUUAAUCCUCCAUAGCUAUCACACCUAUUUGUACGCACAGACAUACGAAUCUUGAUCCCAUUCCAAUAGUACUAUGCAGACGACUAUCUAUUUAUAGCAAUUCCUUUGAUACUAAAUUGCUUUGUUGUAAGUUUGAGUUUAUUACAGAUGAAUAGAAUGUUUCUGAAAGUACCAUAUCCAGCAUGCCUUCUCCAGUUUCUGGCGAGCCUCCUCAGGACGAAUCCAAACACCCAAUCAGAAAAGGACUGGAAGAGCAGAAGUUCGUACCUAAUCCUCGUCACAACAGGUAAGCUUGGUCUCCCUUGCAUCUGUUUUACGCUCGUCACGUAACGCUCCUCCCCUUUUCAAUUGGUAUAAAAUCAUAACAGCGUGUUGGGGAGGAGCGUUGCGUGACGAGACAAAAGCGACUGCGAGGGAGACUAGGUAAGCUUUUGUUUACGUUCAAACCCCUUAAGUCCCAAGAGUGACCAACAUCAAUUUUCUCUUAACAAUUUCAGUGCAUAGUCACGUAGAAAGGAUAUAAGAAUUAAUGAAAUGAUCACUAAAGAAAAUAUGCUUUGAUCUUUUAACAAAUUGUAGCCUGCGUAGCAGGUGCUUGGAAGUAGUGGGCGAAAGAAAGAACGGGCGCGUGCGAGGGAGACACGCGGGCUAAACAAAUUCUCUCAACCAAUUUUUCAAUAAAUGUAUGGAGGCCAGUCUGGAGAAUUUAUAUGUUGAUCUUUGGGGCUUAAAGGGUUAAGGGUCAGGAAUUUCGCAGCCUGAAAGUCUUUUCCAGUCUCUUCGCGGCGAAUACCACUUUAAACUAAACGAACAUUUUGGUUUCCUUUGAUAGAGAAUAAGUCAAAAGAGACAUGAACUUGAGAAAGGUUUAAAAUUUACAUGUUACACAAUUUCAGUGAAAACCAGUUUCUGUACACAAGUUCAUAACUACGUGUGAGUAAAAUUUAACAAAUUUUUUUCUUCAAGAACAGUCACUUGAAUACUUGAUGUGUCAUUUAAAGGCGAUUGAAAAUGACUGACCUAGAGCCUUCUCAAUUCUUCUUAAUUAAUGCUAACGAAGCUGAUCUCACAGGCUAAUAAGUAACUCAUAACCAGCAGUAACCUUCUAACGCUUGAAGAAUUUUAGAAGUUCUGGGUGAGUCCUAGGCUAAAAAUUGUUUUUUUUAAUAUUGAGAAAAUGAUAAGAAAGAGUUUCUUUGAAUAUGUACCCUUUUUUCUAAUCGGCGUUUUUUAAACAAUAGGAGCAGAGACAGAAGGGAAUAAGUGGGCUGGUAUCGACCACACCCUUUCUACUAUCUAUUACCUAACAUGCAAAAAAGAUUGCAGUGUCUUAGCUUUGAAACCUUCAAAACACUGUUCCAAUUAUUAUCAACUGGUUCAUUCACGCAGAUUAGAAACGAGUAUUACUUUUUGAGAAAUAAUGCAACCUUCCUAUGAAAUAAGAAUUCGCGAUUUCUUUCAGAAAACAAUCAUAUCGAUAGGAGAAAUGUUUUAGUACCUCGGGUAAGGUAGAUUUUACUUGUUGUCUUAUAUUAACCUAUAAUGUUCUGAGAGACACUACAUUCUAGAUCAAGCAAGAUCCGAACCAUGAGCAGGAACAAUGACGUCAUUCUCUAUGUGACAUGCAUCUUAAUGGACGUAUCGACGAGAUCACUGGGCGCCUAUAUAACAGAGGUGAGAGUUGGGACUCCAAAUGUUUUUUUCCCCUUCCAUUUGUUAAUAUGCCUACCUUGAAACAUUCGGAGAUGCAAAUUGUUGAGCUUGGAAUAAAUGGUAGGCUUUGAUGGGUUUCCAUGGAAAUCACCACCAUCGUUUACGUAACGGUAAUCCAUCUCUAAAAAGAUUAAAGAGAAGCCAUCUCGGAAAUCAGAUGGUGGUGCUGUGUUUUGUACUUAAGAUGGCAAUCUACUCACAAGUAUUAGAAGUAAACCGCGAGAUGAUUUUAUAGAUUCAAACCCAUGGUUUCUUUAAGGAUCAAUUGGCUAUUCAGUCAAAAAUACUUGUCAAUAAGUGGCAGGAAAUUUAAGAAAAUUAUUUCUGGCAAAUCCGAGGUUUUAGUGAGAUUCAAGCGCAUACACCAGCGCAUGACGACACAAGAACCAGCAGUAACAAAAGGUGCAAUUUAGCUCAAUUUGUAAGCAGCCGGUUGAGAAAAACAAAGGCAUAUAAUAAAUUGUUUAAACCUAAAUGAAAAUAUUCCCGUGCUGUUAAUGCAUUGUUCUCGAGAAGUAUUGUAUUUAGGUCCUGGAGUCAGUACCAGAUGCUUGUCAAAGGACUGAGGCAGGAUGUUCCUACGUCACUGAUUACUGGCAAAACGUUGAACGAAGCUGCAGGAUUAAAAGUAAGUUGGCCUUCAAGGCAGGUGUAUUUUGCAGUGCGAACGAUGAUACUAUCAAUUACUAUAAAUUUUCUCCCGCCAUCUUGGACGUUGAAACUAACAGAGUUAGGACGAGUGAAAAAUGAUUCCGAGGGAGUGGUUUACAGGUUGAAAUAGCGGUGGGGAGGGGGAGGGGGAUGAGAGGAACCCCCCUUGAACCUUUCGUGAAAAAACGCUUGCUCUGCAAGCUGAACAAAAGUCUGCUGUCAGGUUUCCUUCCAUAUUAUGCUUUUAUUCUCGCUUCCCACUGGUUAGUCGUGACUGAAAAAGAAUAUCUCAACCGUGCUGCUACUUUCAGAAAGCAGUGAUUUGUUUUUAUCUUUAUUCUAUCCAAUCACAUUCUACCACCUGGUACGAGUCUAAAAUGACGGCGCGGGCGCAAAAAAAGGAAACUUAAGAGAGUUACAUCCUUUUUAACUGUACACUUUUUUGUCUCAACAGCCGGCCAGGAAGCUGAGAUACACCUCCGUGUGCACGUACAAUUUUACAGCUUAAGGAACAAAGUGGAUGUCCAAUCAUUGGGUGAUUGUCAACACUGAAUUUGUUUUAGACUAUCUUGUCGUGUAGGAUAAACCGGGAAAAGUUGAACUUGUAUGAAAUACUUAAGAUUCUAUGGAAUAUAUAAGAAUUUUAUGUGAAAAUAACAAAUUUGACGUGAAUGCCAAGUCACAGGGUAGUGAAGACGAAUUGGAUAAUUAUCGUUCAAAUAGGAGAGGAUUUCACUUUUCCGGGAAGAGUGCCUGUUGUUGUCUGAAGUACUUACAUCUGUUUCGAGGUCGCGCGCGCACGAGGGGCUUGUUCCCUCGCUUGCUCUGUAAAACGCUAAGCAAAAAACGCUAAUAGGCAUUUCCCACGCAGGCUUAAUCAAAGUUGACGUCGCGCGAAUUUUGUCGGAAAGUGAAAUCCGCUGUCAAAAUAACUUAAAUUACUUGGAACUACAGUAGGUUCCUUAGUUUAGUUUGGGAGUCGUAAACCACUGCAUCAAGAAAGAUCAGUAAAGUUUGAUUCUAAUCGCCUCUCCGGCAGAAUAAGUUCUUCACCGUGCAAGUCCAAUUUGAACCUUAAAGAAAUUUGAGCGACUUAUAAAGUAAUAUCGAUUUUCAGAACCAUUUGGAACAUGCUUUGAAAUUCACUUACAAAGUAAUUUUUCUUUUUGCUCCAGUCAAUGUCUUAUCAUGAGGUCAUAUUCGGAGCGUAACGAACUCAAUCGGGGCAGCUAAAUAGUAAUGGGCCAAUCACAGGUGUCGUUCACGACCAAAUUAAGGAGUUUGACAUGGACAUUCGUAAUCCAACCAAAGGAGGGAUAAUUUUUUUUUCCAAUUUCAAAGGGACGGUAGCCCUAAUUGGGUUCGGUUGCACUAAUCAAAUUCAUUCCUUUUACACUUUCUCAUUCCUCAUUCCCCCAGCACCCACCCAGGUCAUGAAAAUAUUCUUUCCCCGUCACCUUCAAAUAAAGGAGCCAACUCCCUUUAAAAUAUCAAUAAUACAGGAUAAAGGCGACGCGAGGUGAUACAUACUUCCGUGAGAAGCCAGCAAAAUAAGACUGGUCUCCUUCGUUUUCCAAAAUCAUCUUUGUAAAGAGCGGAAUUUGCAGGCGCGUGUCUUUGCUUUUGCUUUGUCAAGAUUCUGAUUUUGGUCUCGAUGGUAAACGGAUUUGGGCGUGUCUUGUAGCAAAUAAAGUUGAAAGGCCAAGUUCAGAAAUAUCCUUUAUUGGUCAUGAUCAUGUACAUAAGCUCUCUAAGGAUGUUUCUGCACUUUCCCCCUUUUUCAACUGGUAUAAAAUUUUUAUAGCGUCAUCUCGUGUAAAGCCAAGGUUCAUUGUAGGUUUCAUGGUAAAUAAGACCCUCGUACAUAACCACGAUUCCUGCACAUUUUCUCGAGCUUAAAGUUUGAGUACUUUUUGAGUGGGUAUAAAAGCAUCGGCGAUAAUAUGGAAGAAUUUUAGACAUAUUGUUUCUUAGGUUCAAAAGGACUUGACAUGUAGGAUUAUUUCUAAAUUCGUAGAUAGACGGACAAGAUCUUGCUAUAGCUUCUGCUUUCCGAGCGCUAGCCUUAAUUGCUGUGGUUCACGACUACCUUUUAGGUGGUUGAGCGUUGUAUUAUUAUUCACAUGCUGACUAGGCCAGUUUGCAUGCCAUAUCUUGAUUUGUAUGGUUUUUGUGAUUUUAAGUAAUUUUUUUUGUAUUUACUCUCUGCCCGUGAGUGGCUUGAUAGCAAUCUAUAUUGCUGUUCUCUGAAUGUAAGAGUGAUUUAAAUAUGGUCAGGACUACGAGGUCCUACUACUACGCAGCAUUACAGUGUAUUUCAUUGUUUUAUUUUGUUGAAUAGUACGUAUUUAGCACUAGUUGAUGAUAGGUACUGUUUUGUGGAUGUAUUAAAUAACAUCAUUCCAAGGAUCUUUCCAGUUGUUAGUAAAUCAAUAUUCGAUGGUUUGAGGUAGAAAUUAAAGCCUUUUAAAGAAAUAAAAGUGCUCCAAAUUUGGUAGAAAUUAUAAAAACAUAAAUUUGAUGUGAAAAUCCAUGCAGUAGUUGAGUUUACAUUUGUACCUGAAAGGUUAUUCCUGUUGAGUUAAAAGUGGAUGCAAGAGCAGCUUUCUGAGCUUGCACUAUACUGACGCCUCUUAUGAUAAGCGUUAACAUUCUAAUUCAAGAAGAUUUUACCUUUGAUCUUUGUUUAAUUUAAAAAAGUGUAACAUUGAAAUUUGGAAUUGGGAUUAAAGUGUACAAAAUGAACUUGUUAUCCCGUCUUUCAAUCAACGUAAAGCGGUUAAUGUGGUUCAAAUGACGUGAGUUUUGGAUGUCGUUUACUUAUUAAAACAGGCAAGAGACCUUUCCCACGUUUCACUUCUGUGUAAACACACAAUGAAACGAAAUCGUAGCUUGCAUGGACAAUUUCAUACAAAUCACUUAGGCCCCAUCCACACAAAUCCGAAUACUUUUUUGAGGACCAAUAGAAUGUUCGGAUUGGUGUGAAUAAGGCCUAAAUUUUGUCACCAAGUCUCGAGUUGUUGCUGAUUUGUUCAUCAAGAACGCUGCAAAGGUCUAUAACUAGGGUUAUAUCAGGGCUAGGGCGUGCCGCGUUUUCAAGUAGUCCUUGGUCUCUUUAUCAAAUCAGGGUAAGGGCGAAGUCUGAUAUAAAUGUUCUUUUUUCUACUUAUAAAAAGAAAAAUUCGUUUUAACAUGAAGGGUUCUCAGUUUGAAAGUAUGGGUCAGUUUUGCAUGAAGCUCGAAAAUGACUUUCACCAAGUGAUUCCAUUCAACUGAAAUUGGUUGCCUCAUGUAAGACAGUCUUGGGUUCUGAGUUCCGGAUUCUUUGUUAGUCCUUAGAAACUAUCCCAGAAACAAUUGCGGCACGCAUUUCAGCUCCAGUUCCCUUCUCGUGUCUAAAGUGGCUGAGUCAGCAGAUAACACAUCCCCUCGAAUACAUAUAUUUUAAAAUAAUUAUAGGUAAUAGCAUGAUUUUUAGCGAUAUUUGGCAUAAAUACCAUGAGUGAUAUUUCGAAAUUGUCUGAUAUGUAAUUUCACGAGCCGUUAGGCGAGUAAAAUUUGAGACAAUUUUGAAAUAUCUCUAGUGGUAUUUAUGCCAAAUAUCACCUACAAAUCAUGAUAUUAUUUGUUUAUACUACUACCCGCAAAAGUUUUGUAAUUUUCACAUGUAGGUAUUUCAAAUUAAGCUGAAAUACCACUGCUCUAAGCCAAUUAAAUUGCAGAAAUUUCUCACGUUGUAGUAUAAAAGUAAACUGAUCCUUACCAGGGGCACCCAACGUCAAUUUUCGAAAAAUAUCUGUUCGGAAGACGAUUUAAGAUCUAGAAUUUCGGAACAUUUGUUGUAAAAUUUCUUGCUUGCCUGCCUCUCCUACGAAUUUCGAACAUCUUACAAAUGGUAUAAUUGCCCAUUUUUAACGGAUUUUGACCCUAAAUUUUCGGGAGCCUUUUUUCUGGCUGAAAUUUUCGAAAAGGUAAGUUUUGAUCCCUAUAAUUUUCAGAUCAAUAGACUUUCAGCUAGGAAAUCCGAACAGAUGAAAAAUUUUUAGGGGAUAAAAAUAUGCCGGCCUACAUCUACCGUUUAAAUACUAAAAUACGUUAAACAAUGCUAUGUUUCAGUGGUUUUGAACUAUAUUCUCGUUGGGUGCCCCUGCCUUACGGCAGGAAGAGUGAUAAAAAAAAGUAAGAAAGGAAGCAAAAAUAAAAUGGUGUAUUAUAUUUGUCCGAUAUUUCGGUUUGCAACACAAACCUUCAACGGUGGCUAAAAAAGAAAAAUGAAUACAGAUUCAAUAUGAACGUUACAUAUGCGAGAUUUGAAUCCAUAGCAAACAGAAACUGAUAGGCUAUUAACUGCUACUAAGAAAAUAAAUAUCACUAAUUGAGUUCAUUUUGUCUAUUAUACCGCGCGGGGUUCUAAGCUUUUAGUUGUCAAUGAGGUGAGCCUCGCGUGCCUUCUGACAAAGUCACGGUUGGUACGGAUUAGUUCUAAGGGAAAAAAAGGACGUUAUAGAGUGAUCGGUUGAUCAAAAUGUUCAGAGACAGGAGGAGUAGAAUUUGUAAGGUGGCCAUACCACCAUGAGGGGCUAUAGCAAGUUCCCGGGCUAACUAGCGGAGGGCUAACUCACUACCCUGCCAAACCACUGGCUUCAAUCAGUCUGACAGAUACUGUAACUAAAUGAACUGUGCAAGCUCAUGGAGAAAGAGAUCAGUGAAACUGACUUACCGGUAGACUAUUAAAAAACCUGUCUGACUGCUGAGGUUCGAUUGCCGAGUUCACCACUGUGAAAUCACCAAUCAGAAACACACAAACUGUCCAUGCCUUCGGUAUACACUUCCCCGAAAGGAACCUUUCUAUUUUUAACAGCAGAGAAAUUUGGCUAAAGGCUAAUUUCGUGCGCUUUUCGGCGAAACGAGAAGGUGAGGCGAAAGUGAGUUUUCACGCAAGACAUCAGUACAGUACAUGCUCCAUUUGAGCCAUACAUUCCCAUUUUUGUCACGUGUCCAUGAGUGUUACCAAGGCUCCUGAGUGUUAAUUUAUCGGGUUGUGUGGGGGUGGGGAGAGGGAGAGAGGGGGGGAGAAGGAAUUCUUACGCCAUUAUAGUUUUCAAAAGAACACUGGAAAUCUUUGUGACGGACUUGUAUUUCUAAGGAGAGGGGGGUUAUAUUGGAUAACUACUUACAACUAAUUUCUGGUCAUUUUUCCAUAUUUGGUUUGGUUGUCUUUGUGCUCAAUUCUCUUCUGGAAAUUGCGAAAUUGCGAGACAACGGAGUCGUGAAAAUUUGCCAUUUUGUCCCUAAAGCCUCGAAGUGAUAUUAGGACUUUAAUAUAUCGAACGUGGGCGGAAUACUUCGCAGACAUUGCACCUCUUCAAUUCAAACAGCACAGCAAAACCGGAAACGGAAGCAAGCAGAGAAAUCCCCAAACCACAUAAAUCAAUAAUAAUAAUAAUAAUAAUAAUAAUAAUAAUAAUAAUAAUAAUAAUAAUAAUAAUAAUAAUAAUAAUAAUAAAACCGAAAACCGAGGUUCUCGAAAAGAACCUGCAGUCGCUGUCACUUAAGUCGAAAAACUACAAAUUUUAACUGAGAGCAAAAACCAGCAAACGAUCCCUUUAUUAGAGUUCUUCGAGACAUUUUCCUGUAAAUUCCAACUUUGCGAGAUUGGAUGGCGGUUUAUGGUCUUCAAACGUAACAUCAAAAUUGAUAUCAGCUUCAAUUCAUCCUCCAAGGCGCAAGCAAGCCAUGAUCAAUGGUUUUAGAGCGAUUUUUCCCAAGCGCAGUUUUUAAGCCUCAAAGACACUAAUUUGUAACAGCAACUAUUAUUCAGUAUCAAUGGAUUCUAUGAACACUCACCACCUUCCCAUUCUCUCUCUUCACACCUCGCUUAGAAGUGCCGGAUUAGACUGGCUUAUCCUUUGUGGCCAGUUGUCAGUCAUAAGGUCCAAGAAGGUGUUGAAUGUCACCAAUCGUGUUGUUAUUUGAGAUUGAGUUUUCCGGCCCUGUCAAAAUGCGUCGCACCUCUGCAUAUUGUUUAGUUGUUCAAGCUGUAAUAAUUUGGCAAGCGCCAAAUAACUCGUUCGCUGAACAACUCGCGUCUGCCUUUCAUACUACAGCGUAUUUAAGUCUAAAUCACAAGAUUUGCUCCAAUAACUUACGUCGAAAGCACUGUACUAUUGUAAGAUCCAAGCUGCUGUUUGUAAUCACUAAUCAGCCCCGAGGACAGUAAUGAAAGUGUUACUUCAUAACAAGGAGCUAUGGGAGAAGUUCAAGGAGCACCAGACCGAAAUGAUUGUUACAAAGGAGGGAAGGUAUGCUUUGUAUUCUCACACAGUCCAUAAGUAAGAAUAUUACUACUUCAAAAACUCUUAUUUACUUAUUCAAAAUCUGAAAGAACUCAAAUCAGUCAAAUCCAGAGCCGAAGUCACGCGCACUUUCGUAUGGAAGUGGUCGAAGUGGGAAAUUUGUGGCUAAUGGUUACGCGGUUUCUUUCUAGUCGUACUUCAGUCUGUUAAUCGCAUCGAGGAGUGCUAUUCACUUAAUAAGCAAAGGUCAAUGAUUUUCAGUCGAAAAAUUCAACUUAAAUGAAAAAAACUCUCGUCUAAAGUCGGUUUUGUUGGACUGCCUCAAAGUCUUCAUAUGUUCAGUGAUGACAGAUGUGACCAAGGUUCAAAAACUGUCUGUUUGUCAGUCAUUGUGACAUCUGCCAUCAAUUCGCGUGAUGUGCGAAAAAUUAUUCUCAAGCCAUAAAUAGCUUUGGUCACAAAACACACUUUUUACCCACGAAAAAUGAAAACAUUNGCCGGAUUAGACUGGCUUAUCCUUUGUGGCCAGUUGUCAGUCAUAAGGUCCAAGAAGGUGUUGAAUGUCACCAAUCGUGUUGUUAUUUGAGAUUGAGUUUUCCGGCCCUGUCAAAAUGCGUCGCACCUCUGCAUAUUGUUUAGUUGUUCAAGCUGUAAUAAUUUGGCAAGCGCCAAAUAACUCGUUCGCUGAACAACUCGCGUCUGCCUUUCAUACUACAGCGUAUUUAAGUCUAAAUCACAAGAUUUGCUCCAAUAACUUACGUCGAAAGCACUGUACUAUUGUAAGAUCCAAGCUGCUGUUUGUAAUCACUAAUCAGCCCCGAGGACAGUAAUGAAAGUGUUACUUCAUAACAAGGAGCUAUGGGAGAAGUUCAAGGAGCACCAGACCGAAAUGAUUGUUACAAAGGAGGGAAGGUAUGCUUUGUAUUCUCACACGGUCCAUAAGUAAGAAUAUUACUACUUCAAAAACUCUUAUUUACUUAUUCAAAAUCUGAAAGAACUCAAAUCAGUCAAAUCCAGAGCCGAAGUCACGCGCACUUUCAUAUGGAAGUGGUCGAAGUGGGAAAUUUGUGGCUAAUGGUUACGCGGUUUCUUUCUAGUCGUACUUCAGUCUGUUAAUCACAUCGAGGAGUGCUAUUCACUUAAUAAGCAAAGGUCAAUGAUUUUCAGUCGAAAAAUUCAACUUAAAUGAAAAAAAACUCUCGUCUAAAGUCGGUUUUGUUGGACUGCCUCAAAGUCUUCAUAUGUUCAGUGAUGACAGAUGUGACCAAGGUUCAAAAACUGUCUGUUUGUCAGUCAUUGUGACAUCUGCCAUCAAUUCGCGUGAUGUGCGAAAAAUUAUUCUCAAGCCAUAAAUAGCUUUGGUCACAAAACACACUUUUUACCCACGAAAAAUGAAAACAUUGUCGUUUAUUGACCGCUGUCAUUCAUACAUAUGUGUACAAAUUAAAAACGUUUACGUUCAAUGAAUGGCGUAUUAAAUGCACGACCUCGCUCCCGAGUCAAACACUUCAACAUUUGAUUUUGACCAUUCCGGAAUUUUAGUUCUCAUUAUUGAUAACUAAUGACGUGAUGGCACAUAAAUAAACGACAUCUGGUUUUGAAAUCUUAUAAAAUUUGAGAAAAGGUGCUUUGUCUUCGACUUACGUGGAUCGUCUGCGCGGUGAUAUCAAUCAACAGACUGUUGGUUGGGGUGUUUAUAAACCAUCCCUUUUUUUAAUCGUCGAGAAAGCUUGUUCCCAGAGCUUGAUUUUCCUUGGUGCUCUAAUAACUUUUUCUAUAAGCGAGGAACGUGCGUCGAGAGUCUCAUAGUCGUUUUGUCUGUUUUUAAAGUGUUAGACUCUGCUCGCAGGGUAGAACUUUUGCGUAGUGGCUAAAGAACAUUAUCCCUGUAAAGCUGCAGAUGUGAUAAAUAACAUAACUCGGUUACAACCAGUUUUGUGUGUGUAUGUGUGUAUGUGUGUGGGGGGUAGGGGUGGGGAUUUAAUUGUCCAAAGACAAAUGAGUCUUGAUUUACCAGAUUACUGUGUGAAGCCUAGAAAGUUCCUCUCGACUUUAUGGGUACUUAAUCUCGCGAACUUGCCAGGGUGAGACAAUAUUUCGCGGGGGUGUGUUUGCGCAAUUUAAGUACCAUUAAGGUACCUCAAAAAUUUCGCAACAUUUUAACACUUUGUACACCACUCAGUUAAAAUAAAGCAUCGUUAACUGAGACUUUUGUCUCUUUCCUCUUUUUGUAAGCUUUUUAUUAGCACUGUCUGCGUCAAGAUGAUAAUCACUUUUCGUGCAUUUAGCACAAGGUAGAGAAAACACUUUCUGGUCUUGUGAUUAUUUAUGCUUAACGUUGAUUAAUCAAUUCGAGUUUUGAGCAGGUCCAGUGAAGGUCCAGUCUAACUUAUUUUCUACACAUUUGCCUAUCGAAAUCGCGAAAGUAAAACUACACGAAAUCAGUACUAUCUCGCCAAAUUCGCGAAAUUAAUCACAGGGGAAUCUCGAUAUAACGAACCUCUAUAGAACAAGGUUCUCGGAAUAACGAACAAUUUUCUUUACCCCAGUUAUAGAAAAAGAAAAAAAGAACCUGGAUAUAAUGAAACUUNUUUAUGCUUAACGUUGAUUAAUCAAUUCGAGUUUUGAGCAGGUCCAGUGAAGGUCCAGUUUAACUUAUUUUCUACACAUUUGCCUAUCGAAAUCGCGAAAGUAAAACUACACGAAAUCAGUACUAUCUCGCCAAAUUCGCGAAAUUAAUCACAGGGGAAUCUCGAUAUAACGAACCUCUAUAGAACAAGGUUCUCGGAAUAACGAACAAUUUUCUUUACCCCAGUUAUAGAAAAAGAAAAAAAGAACCUCGAUAUAAUGAAACUUCGUUUUAGCAUACGUGUUUUGCCAGUCCCUUGAUCCUUCGUUAUAUCGAGGUUCCACUGCAUCCCCGAAAAAAAUGAAGCGGUAUCUGAGUAUUAUAUGAAGAAUUAUGGAAAUCGAGGGGAGCAUCUGCAGUUGAUACCCAUCAAGAGCGUUUCUUCCAAAACUUUUCUGAAGCUUUGCACUACAAAGCCACCGAGCUGCUACCCUUGCGUUACGUCAUUCGUCCAAAAAUUCAUCCUUGCCUAACAUUAUCCUGACGUCAUUCGUCCAAUUAUUUUCCUAUUAUUGGACAACUAACUUUGAUCUUUAAAAUUCUAUCAACGGUAGUGCUUUAUGAAAACUUAGCCGGGGGUUUAAGGCCAAACAGAUUUGGCUAAAUCAUUUUGAAAGAAUGAUAAUUGCUUGUCUCCUGUUUCAGGCGAAUGUGUCCAAUGGUUUCAUUGACAUUCGAAGAUCUUAACCCAAAUAAAGUGUACGCUGUAAUGGUAGACUUCGUGUUUGCAGAUAAUUACAAAUACUGCUUUGAUACGUCCUUAAAUUGUUGGGUCCCCUGGGGCGUGAUUCAUGAGGAAGCUUUUUCCAGAAUGUACCUUCACCCGAAAACGCCUUCGACUGGUGCUAUUCUUAUGAAAAACGGGCUUGGUUUUGGAAAGCUGAAAUUAACUAACAGUGAGAAGAUGGCUUGGAGUUCUAAUCAAGUAAGUUAAUGCUGUCUAGAAUAGCUUUCAAGCCAAGAGGAAAAGUUCUCAACAUCAGUGGCUUCACAGCUCAGUUGGUUAGAGCAUCGCACGGGUAUCGCGAGGUCACGGGUUCAAAUUCCCUUGAAGUCCUGAAUUUUUUUCAGGCUUCUACAGGAAUUUGAAGUCAUAUAAUAAACAUCUUAUUAGCCUCGUUUUUUCGGUCCGUACUAUAAAUUAAGGAUCCUUUUUUUUCCAUCGAUUUACCGGUCUCCUGCAGUUCUUCUAUGAUUUUUUUCAUAUACGUCUGUCGCAAAAGAAACAAUACAACCAAACAAUAAAGCCCCCAGGAGAACUCUAUUGUUUGGUUCCUUUGAUUCUUUUGUGAUGUCAGUACCUGCAGAAAGACCCUAAUUUUCCCUGUCAAAUUCCUGUAGUUGGAACCUCAACCACGACCGCAACCGAUUUUUGUGGUGACGGUUUUAUAAUUUUCAACUAUUUUUAACCUCCUGUAGGCGACCAAGAGAGAAUAAUUGGACAGAGAGGGAAUCUUAUGGGAGUUUCACUUAAGUUAUUUUUGAGAGGUUGUAUUUAAACGGAAGCAUAAUUCCUGAGACGUCCGCAGAAUUUUAAAUGAGUUUGAAACGUCAUCAAGUCCACUCGUGACUGCCACAAAGUUAAAAAUGCAGAAUAAAGAAUGCAGAAUAUUGUAAUGGCGACUGUUGAAUUCAGUCUUGACAAAACACUGAAUAAAAAUUUGCGAACCUUUCCGGAAACCAAUUUCCGAUUAAUUUCAAGCGUUAAAGUGGUGUAAAAAUAACUUCGAUGAAAUCCACAUAUCUUUUCUAUCCCGCCAUUAUUCUCUCUUGGGCGACCAAUUGACGCUAGGGUGAUCCUUAUGUUCGCAAAAUGAACUACGCUAUUAAGAGUAUGCGAAGACGAUUUAGUGAGAACGUUGAACUACACAUAUCGUGACUUGCGGUUAGAAACUGCAUGUAAUAAUAUUUUUAUCAAAUUUAAGAUGUCUCGGGACCCCUUCUCGAAAGAGAAUCAUAUAGUUUAAUUCUCCUAAGCGACCACCCCCUCCCCCCCCACCUCCCCGUAGGCGACCACUAAAUGUUUGCAUUUUGGGUGGUAACUUACGGGAGGUUGGACUGUAUAUCAUUCAUGAGUACCUUUUUUCUCAGGUGAUACUAUUGUACACGAUGCGUCGUUAUUUCCCGCGAAUUCACGUGAUAGAAAGUCAAGAUGGUACUUCCUUCGACUACAAGUUAAGGACGGAGUUUUGCUUCCCUGAAACUGACUUUAUUGCCGUGUCGGCAUACAGAAAUAAAGAGGUAUGCUACUUUAAUCCCACAAUACCCUGCGAGUAGUGGUUUCUUCAGGCUGGACGUCCCGCUACGAAGGGAGAGAAACCACUUGCUUUUAGAUCGAGCCGCCGUCCAGUGCCAAGAACGAGUAAAUUAACUUUGAGCAGGUUAAACCUUACGCUUAUAACUGCUGCCUUAACGCGAGCGUGCUGAGAAUUUGCGGUUUUUUAGACUUUAUUGCGAUUAUUCCUUACCACUCACUUUGUCAAAUGUAGGCGAACCAAGCUGGAGUUGUAUUCAUAGGGAGCAUAUCCAGGCUCAGAAAGAGAAAUAAAAUUUCGUCGUUGCUUGUCUGCGUUCUCCACAAAACGCGAAAUUAGGCAUUUUCACGUCGUAGUCGUGCAAAAACGGUAACGAAAAGUACAAAAAAGUGUCAUGCACGUUUCCUUAUUAAACCUAUUGUUUUCUUCUGACGUUCUCGUUGCCGUCGCGUCGUUGUAUCUAAGAGUCCCUAAUGUUUCUUUCAAAAGAAGGAAAAGUGAUGUCAUUUGACAUUUUGUCGUAGGCCGCGUCACGUGAAAGCGCAUGCUCGAUGGAAAACCAAACCGUUGCUCGAGGUGGUUUCUCUCCCUUCUAAGCGUACGGUCCGGCCUGGAGAAACCACUACUUAUUCACAGGAUAAUCCCACACCUGUGAAACGAAGUGAUCUCUUUGGUCAGGGGAAUCUUUGCUGAUGUCAGGGUUUACUUUCUGUUUAUAACCAUACGGGUUGACCCAUACCGUAUACACAAAUAUGCUAUUUCCGAAUUAUGUUUAGCCUUUAACGAAACUAAUCUUUGUUUCGUUAUUUUUCCCUAAGAUUACUAGACUCAAAAUAAACACCAAUCCUUUUGCUACUGCUUUUAGAAAAAAUGGAGUCCAUGGGCAAGCCAAACGGUAAGUUCAGACACUAAAAUUUUUUUAAAUUACUUUGCUUACCAACGACUCUUCUCAACGGCAAGAGACAUUCCAUUUUUUUAUUGUGGCAGUAGAGAUUUUUUUUUUCGCAAUGGUACGUUCGGUAUAUGGUACGAUACAUGUGGUAUGUCUUUUUUCGCAUUUUGAUGGGUUUUUUGUGCACAAUUAAGCAGAGGGUCCGAGGGCAUGCUUCCCGAGAAAAUCUGAACUUUCUGAAUAUCUCAAAUGCUGGGUUUUGGCAUUCUGGUAGGUUGUUUGCGUUGGGCGUUAUCACAGAUGUUGUCAUUGCAAAACUUGAAAGAAUUUUUUUGUUGACCCCCUCUUUUUACCCAAUGUAUUUUGCCUGCCCCCCGCCCUUGAAGCCAUUUUUUUUGGCAUGCCUCUCCCCCCUCAAAUCCCAUCAGCCCCCUCUACCUGAUAAAAAAUAAACGAUCCCUAGUACGCGAGAAUCGUCUGAAAUAUGUGACAAUAUGACCAAAUUUUCAAAAANCAUGGGCAAGCCAAACGGUAAGUUCAGACACUAAAAUUUUUUUAAAUUACUUUGCUUACCAACGACUCUUCUCAACGGCAAGAGACAUUCCAUUUUUUUAUUGUGGCAGUAGAGAUUUUUUUUUUCGCAAUGGUACGUUCGGUAUAUGGUACGAUACAUGUGGUAUGUCUUUUUUCGCAUUUUGAUGGGUUUUUUGUGCACAAUUAAGCAGAGGGUCCGAGGGCAUGCUUCCCGAGAAAAUCUGAACUUUCUGAAUAUCUCAAAUGCUGGGUUUUGGCAUUCUGGUAGGUUGUUUGCGUUAUCACAGAUGUUGUCAUUGCAAAACUUGAAAGAAUUUUUUUGUUGACCCCCUCUUUUUACCCAAUGUAUUUUGCCUGCCCCCCACCCUUGAAGCCAUUUUUUUUGGCAUGCCUCUCCCCCCUCAAAUCCCAUCAGCCCCCUCUACCUGAUAAAAAAUAAACGAUCCCUAGUACGCGAGAAUCGUCUGAAAUAUGUGACAAUAUGACCACAUUUUCAAAAAAGUAUGCUCUUGCCAGGCAGAUUCGCUCAAGCCUCACAAAUUCACAAAAAAUAACAUGGCACAAUAACAGAAUCAUCUGGCUUAGCUUUACAUAGCGGGAAGAAGAGCUGAAAAUAAAUUGACUCGUGUUAAAUUGUACGUGAUUUUUUCUUUCCUGUGAUAGGCGCCGCAUGGAGUUUAGGAGCGGUUUGAAUAACUGGAACAGCGACUUGAACGAUGAUGAUACAAGCCUCGAAGAGAGUUCCAACAACGGCGACGAUCCUGCAAACGGGCCUGAGCCAGCUGGCCCUGUUCAAAAUUAUGACAAACGAGAGUUGGAUGGAAUACGUGCAGCGAUACCUUUCCUAAAAGGUACCACACAUGACUAGGCAAUAAAUACCUCUUUAAUAUUAGCCGAGUUUUUGGUCCGUAUUGUAAAUUACAGACCGAUAAAUCGAUGGAAAAAAACGAGUAUCGGUAAUUUACAGUACUGACCGAAAGAGCGAGGCUAAUAAGAUGUUUAUUAUAUGGCUUCCUGUUUUGGGGACCGGAAACAAUUGCAGGACAAGUAGCCUGGGUAGUUGGCGGUUUUUUUAGUGUGUCUUUGUUUUGUGGUUCGCAAAGCGCGAAAGAUGAACCAAGGGCAGAUCAGAAAAUGUUGGUUCAGCUUUCGCGCGGCUGAAUCUCUUACUUUACGAAAGAAAAAACACACCAAAAAAAAGAAAAAAAAACCGCCCGCACGUUACGCAGGCUACAGGACAAGCGAUUUGGCAGUCAUUUGACAGGCGUCAGAAAAUGCAAGUUUUUGCAGAUGCAACAUGUUGAAAAAGUUUCUUCGGUCAAAACUAAGAGCUCUGUAAGUAUUCGCUUGCCAAUGUGACACUGGAUUCUUUUGAAAACCGGCCAUUGAGUCUGGCUCGAAGUCGCUUCCUUCUUUCGUUCGUUGGUCUUUGAAAAAAAAGUUCAAAUGGCAAAAAGCUUGUUAAGGUGAUUAUAGCUGCAGGUAUGUUGAAGGAAUCGCUUUUUUCCCUUAGGCAAAAACGUCUCGAAUCUCUGCCAGUAGAUGUUCGUCUUCUUAACUUUGUACUGUAAUAAAAUUUUUCAAGUAACUCAUUGUAAUCCUCUUCUUCGUUAAGAUUACGAUUUAGUUUCUUCAUCGUUUUCGUUCACAACUAAACGCAGGUUAAAAUGUUGAAGGACGAAGUCAACAUCCGAGUCCGCCUCAAGGUUGACACACAUCUUAAAACUUUCUUUAACCUUUUUUUCGAGAUAAAGAGAUUUAGAGCUGCAAAGUGAGCAUUUGAUUUUGAAAUUUUGGUGCGUGUAGCAAGUCACGGACCGCAAAUUGACCAAUCGCAUGGCGAAGACAGACUUAGCCACAUAAUAAUUAACAAUUAUUUCUCUAGCACGAAUGGGCUCUGAGUCAAUAGCCCAUGAGGCCGAAGGCUGAAUGGGCUAUUGAUUCAGAGUCCAUGAGGGCGAGAGGAAUAAUUGUUUUAGUAAAAUCCAACUAGUUGAUCAAAAAUAUCGAGAAUAAAAAACUUUUAGCUAGUUAAAGCUUGACUUUAAUCCUUUUCUGCCGCCAAAAAACCCGCGCUCUUCGCUGCUAGUGGGCUAUAACUUGUAGCCUAGUAGUAGCUCAACCAAUCAGAACGCAGCAUUUAUGAUAGACCACUGGUUGGAUUUUACUAAUAGCUGUUAUUCUCCAGACUCCCUUCAGUAAAUCGGUGUAUCUUUCAGUAUGUCUGUCAGUGAGUCGUUCACUUAGUUUUUCAGUUCUUCCAGUAGUCGACUAGUUCGUUUGCCAGUCAAUCAGCUUGUAAGUCAGCUAACCAGUGACUGACGGUCAGCCAGUUUUUAGGCCACUUAGUUAUUUACUGAGUCUAGUAGUCAGUCAGUCAACCAGUCAGCCAUCCAUCCAUCCAGCCAGCCAGCCAGCCAGCCAGCAAGUCAUUCACUUGGUCAAUCAAUCUGUCAGUUAACUAUUCAUCCAUUCAUUCAUCCUUCCAGCCAGCCAGUCAAUCAGUCAGUCAGUCAGUUAGUCAGUCAGUCAUUCAGCAGCCCGCUUUUCAGUCAGUCAGUCAACACGUCCGCCUGUCAUUCAGACAUUCAGUCGAUCAUUCAGUCCGUCAGCCAUCUCAUCCAGCCAGCCAGCCAGCCGGUCAGUCAGUCAGUGAGUGUGAGUCAGCACGUCCACCUGUCAGUCAGGCAUUCAGUCGAUCGGUCAGUCCGUCAGCCAUCUCAGCAAGCCAGUCAGUCAGUCAGUCAGUCAGUCAGCGAGUCAGUACGUCCGCCUGUCAUUCAGGCAUUCAGUCGAUCAGUCAGUCAGUGAGCCAUCUCAGCCAGCCAGUCAGUCAGUCAGUGAGUUAGUCAGUCAGCAGCCCGCUUGUUUGUCAGUCUGUCGUUUUGUUGUUACUUCGUCAGUCAUCCAGCGAGUCACUUCGUCACUCGCUGUUAUGACAGUUAAUCCCUCUUUGGUUGUUGUGCCUUUGAUUUCAUCGUACAUGCAUAAUGUUCGCAACUAUGUUCUUUGACUGUUUUUUUAAUCAUUUUUAAUAAAUGUAGAUCGACUACGAAGAGACGUGUCAUUCUUCGUUUACAAUCCUAUUUACAAUGGGAUGCCUAGCCAGGAAAAAGUGUCAAACACAACACAGGUAAUGGAAAAUCAACCCACGGAACAAAUGCCUUAUAGUAGUGAAAGAGAGGCGGAGUUAACUUGCGAAGAAUCCACAGAAUGGAUGUGGGGGUUUGACGAGCAAAUGUCACUGAGAUACUCCCCAGAGCGUCCUGAAUUGGAAGCCUUUCUCCCUCAAAAGAUAGACAAUCUUAAAGGUGCAGAUGAGGUGAACAAUGAACCAAUACAGAACAGCUGCGAUGGUGAUGCCAAGAAGAAUGGAGAUGGCGUCAAUGUCUUUGUCCAAAGUACAGUCAGCAGAAGAAAAAAGUAUCAUCCGAGAAAACUGCAAAGGACGGACGACGUUACUCCAGCAGACGGUGGCUCUUCAGCCAACGAAAAAAGGAUUCAACCAAACGUCGACGUUCCGCCUGUUACUGAAGCAACAGAAGCAGACGUACUGCAAGCUCAUUUACAAGACAGCUACUGUAAUGAAGAUGAUAAGGAAGAACAACUGCAGCCAGAAGUUGGCACCUCCCCGGAUUGUCCAGAGGUUACAUUGCCUGUGCUAGAAGCUGAUAAGACACCUUGUUCUCAGGACAGCCAGUCAGUUCCUCAGCCAUCUCAGAAUCAAAACUUACAUCUGUCGUCGUCUGGAGCAAUAGCAGGUGUAUCAGUUUCAAGUCAGGAUGGUCCAUAUCUCCUGCUUGGAGAAUCUGACGAGUCGUGUGAGAACGUGCCUUCUAAUGCUCCUUCUUCAAAGCCAGAGAAAACAGUCGAGUCUUCUCUAACAGCACUGAUUCAGAUGUGCUCCGAGGCGGGCGAAUCAUCCCUUCCGGGGCCAAAUCAGGACCAGAGGUGUAUAUCAACUGAUGUAUCCACCUUUUGCCAGGUUUAUUUACCGCAAGAAUCCAUAUCAUCGUCAUCACCGUCCUUUUGCACCACUGUAGCAAUAGGCAUUCAAUCAAGCAGACCUUCUAGUUAUUCAAGUGCUGUCAACCUAGCAACAAUUGCAUCUGAAGUCGAAGAGAGAGUAAUGCCUUCUUAUACAUCAAGUGAACUCUCGACAUCAGUAACCACAAUGUCAUCUUCCUUGCCGUUACCCCCACCAAAGUCAACUGCUGCAUUCAUUGAUAAUAAUACGCUUCUUAUCAGAAGCGAGGGUUUAGAGACGGUUUCAACAAUCAAUGGUCUAUCCCAAGCUACGACUGCGAUUGAAAGCAUUGGUGACCAAUCUCAAUCCCUCUCAAUUACCGACCGCGUUUGCUCGCCUGAGAUUUCCAGAGCGCCAGCUUUGGGAAACAAACAUCCAGAAUAUCGGCCCAUUGCCCCUGCUCCACAUCCGUCAAAUUUAAGUCCCGACGUGCCUUCAGGGCAUGUUUUUGAGGACAACGAAUAUUACCAUGACAAUGGAUCUUAUCCAAUAAUUAUAGACAGUUUUUCACUGAACGACAGUAUUCAAUAUUCCUUUGCUAAACAGCCUCAAGUCAAUCUGUCAUACUAUCCGACUCCCCAACUGUAUCAAACAGGACAAGCAAGUCAUAACGUUCUCAAUCCCAUUAAUAGCACCGUGGUAAAACGCAGUCUUCCUCUAGAGAAAUUCUACUCGUUUCCCGCACCAAACAGUGGAGACAAACAUCAAGUUGUUCGCUCGCGAUUUCAAGCAGGCCGUCACUACAAGACAACUCGGACUAACUUCAGCCGUCUGAGCCUGGAACCACUGUGUAGUGUAAUUUAUCCGCUGACAAGUUGUUCACGUCCGGUAACACAUCAAAGAUAUAUUCACCCUCUGGCGGAGGAUGCAUCCUGUUUUUCCAGAACGCGGGAAUUGGGAGCUGGCUAAAUAUCACCUAUCAACCGCUGGUCUCAUGCACCACAGACGCAUGCGUUUUGUCUAAAAGCCGCGAGUGUUUGAACAAAAGUUGCCAGUGAACUUCGGCCCUAGCGGAACUAUAAACAAAUCUGUCAUGUGCAUCUUGACUCAUGUAUUUUCAUGAAACAACAAGAAUUCUUCAUCGAUCAACUUCAGACGCCAUGUCUUUUUCUUCUCGACUGAAGUCUUCCUUGAACAUCUUGACUGGCGUUCAGUCUCCGUCGUUGACUUAUUAUUUUUUAAAAUGAGAAUUAGGGACAAAGUUACUGUUGAGUGUAGUCAGCACU